CACUCCGCGCCUUUGUUGUCAGACGGUAGCAAGGCGACUGUUUAGCCUCCGAGCUAACGUUAGCACGUCCGCUCAAGUUCGACAGGAAAGAGAAUAAAACACACCGGUUGAGAUGAUUCAUGUUACGUUUUGACGUAGCCCAAUCGUCCCGGGAGUGGGAUCAGUAGAGGAUCAGGUCGAAACAAACCCAGUCGCUUUUGAAAGAGGAAGUUUGUUGACGUUUUAAAGGAGAGUACACAUGUCGUCUGCAGCAGGGACAGUGGAAAAUGCCUCCAUCAUUUCAGAGAGUGUGGCCCACGACGGAAACCGCUUGUGGAUAGGCAACAUCGAUCCCAAAAUCACAGAGUAUCACCUGGUGAAGUUGUUGGAAAAAUUUGGUAAUGUGAAACAGUUCGACUUCCUGUUUCAUAAGUCUGGGCCUUUGGAGGGACAACCACGAGGCUACUGCUUUGUCAACUUCAACACCAGAGAGGAGGCAGAAAGGGCGAUCCAGUGUUUAAAUGGAAAGCUAGCUUUGUCCAAGAAGCUGGUGGUGCGUUGGGCGCACGCACAGGUGAGGAGGUUUGAAGGUUUCCGUAACGACAAGACGAUGCCUCCGAGCCUGGAACCGUCGUGCAGUGGCGCGACAGACGAAGGACCCGUAACUGCCAACCACCUCAG